AAACAUCAUUAUCAUUAUCAUUAUCAUCUUCCUCCAAAUCUUUCACCUUCUGUCAUUGUAAUGGCACUAUUCACUUUUCAGUCCUCAAUCAAUCUAAAACUCCAUUCAAGACUCACUGUAACGAAUUCCCAGAAACCCGAACGCCGUUUUUCACCACCAAAUCAGAGUGUUGCAGCUGUGGUGUUUGGAGACGCGGGGCAGCAGUCAAGGUUGUAUCCGUUGACAAAACGAAGAUCAGAAGGUGCGGUUCCAGUGGCGGGAAGUUAUAGGCUUAUUGAUGCAGUUAUAAGUAACUGCAUUAAUAGUAAUAUAACAAAAGUAUACGCGCUUACACAGUUUAAUUCCACUUCGUUAAACUCGCAUCUCUCAAGAGCAUAUUCUGCUGGAUUAUUAGCAAACCAAGAAUUUCUUGAAGUCAUUGCGGCUUAUCAGAGUCCAGAAGACGCUAACUGGUUCCAGGGAACUGCAGAUGCAAUGAGAAGAUGUUUAUGGGUAUUGGAACAGCAUCCAGCAUUUGACUUUUUGGUACUUCCUGGUCACCAUCUUUACAAGAUGGAUUAUCAGAAGCUACUAGAAGCACACAGGAACAAUAGAGCAGAUGUAACGGUUUCAGUUCUGGGUAGCGCGAGAGAUUACAACACAGGUUUUGGUAGUUUCAAUGUAGGCUCUGGAAAUAGAGUCAUCGGGUUCGAAAAAGAACCAGAUUUGAUCCCAGUUUUUCAGGUUCAAGGCUCCAAGUUUAAUCAAAAGUUUUCUAGCAUGGGGAUUUAUGUUAUAAACAGACAGGUUAUGAUAAAGCUUUUGAAAGAAUCUUUCCCUAAAGCAAAUGAUUUGAAGAAUGAAGUAAUACCAGGUGCAAUAUCCUUGGGGUUGAAGGUACAUGCUUACCAGUUUGAUGGAUACUGGGAGGACAUGAGAAGUAUUGAAGCGUACUACAACGUGAAUAUGGAAAGCACAAAGAAAACAAACAUGAAAUAUAACUUCCACGAUAGAGACUUUCCAUUGUACACCCUGCCUCGACAUCUGCCUCCAUCUCUAGUAACUGAUGCUGCCAUCACAAGUAGCACCAUUGGUGAUGGUUGCAUUUUAAAUAGAUGUAGCAUUAGAAGUUCAGUCAUUGGUCCAAGAACUCGGGUUGGAGAUGGAGCUGUUAUACAAGAUUCAGUAAUCAUGGGAUCUGAUAUAUAUCAGAGUGUACAUGAGCAGAGUAUUGGUGUCGGGGACGGUUCUUUUAUAAAAAAAGCUAUCAUAGACAAGAAUGUAAGGAUUGGCAAAAAUGUCAAGAUCAUAAACAGGGAUAAUGUGCUAGAAGGGAACAAUGAAACCAACGGCUACAUCAUCAAAUCCGGCAUAGUUGUUGUAUUACGGGGUGCAGUGUUCCCAGACGAAAGCAUCUUAUAAGAUCAACUAAAAGAAAUCGUUCAUGGGUGGUUUCUUACGGCCAUUGAUAUUGUUCCCCAUCAAAAACCACCUCGUAUGGUGCAUACGCGGCUGGAAAUUUGUUGAAUAAUGGAGAAUUUUGCUGAAAUUUCAGGGAUCUCUAUAGCAAUUGCAUUCGGAUACCGUAAAUUGUAUAAGAGAAAUGAAAUUAUUCAAUUGUUGUGUAAAAGAGAAAUCACAAAUGUGGUUUAAUAAGAUAAUUGUCAUCCAAAGUUGUUCUACUUUCUUACUGAUUCGCCUACGAAAUCAGAUAAUUUAAAAAAAUUGAAAACACUAGUCAGUCACAAUCACUAAUGAAGGAAAGCACUUGUAUGGCUGGACCCUAAGGAGCGCAACCCCAAUGCCACCUCAACAUAAAUCAACCAAUAGCGCCCCUCUCCCCUCUCCCUCC